GUGCGGGUUUUGGAAAUGGAAACUUCAGUGAAAUUAUUACUGAGCAUUUUGUCUAUAUUUAGGUUGACGUGUGUUUACAAUACAAAACAUAUCGAUGAAGAUGAAAUGUGGAUGGUUGGAGUUAACUCCUAUGGAGGACCCAGUCAUAGCUCCAAAUCGUACCCUGGAUACGGAACGGAGUGGGUCUACUUCCCAGAUGGAGAUGGCAUACCCCACUUCCUUAAUUUGACCACGAUCGAUCGGAGACAGUUGCGUACAGGUCAAUAUAUGGAAAUUGAAUACAGAUUGUACAUAAGGGGAUUAUCCAAUUACAUAAAUCUAAAUGAAUCAGCACUGCCACCUAGAGGUAGAAGCAUGACCAGACUGUUGUCUAACAAAUCGGUAAAAUUGGUAACACACGGUUGGAGAGCAUCUGCUGAAGGCGCCAUGGUUAUGAGCAUCAAGGAUGCUUACUUGAAAAAUAAAGAUGUGGCAGUAAUAGCUGUGGACUGGAGUGAUACGGCGAAUGACUUUAUGUAUCCGUUUGUAGUGGAGAGCACAGGGCAAGUUGGGGCACGUGUUGGACAAUUUUUAGAUGCCUUCUGCGAACUCUACAAUGUUUCCGGCGACAGAUUGCAUUUAAUCGGACAUAGCCUCGGAGCACACUUGAUGGGGGUCGCUGCGUCGACAACUAAUGUAACAGUGGGUAGAGUCACCGGUCUUGAUCCAGCACGACCUCUCUACGAGGAUCCAAAGAGACCGAGCACGUUGACCCUGGACUCAUCAGACGCGGUGUUCGUAGACGUGAUACACACGUGCAGUGGAGCCUUGGGCGCCAAAGAAAACAGUGGGCAUGCUGAUUUUUACCCAAACAGCGGUGAAUCGCCACAACCUGGGUGCAACAUUCCAGAGACAUGUAGUCAUUCGAGAGCCCACAUGUACUUUUCCGAAUCCAUUGAUAAUCCUACUGGUUUUCCUGCUUGCCGAAGCACAAGUUGGAUGGAAUUUUUAAGUAACACUGACUGUAAAGAGCAGACAUAUAUGGGAGAGAACGUCGAUCGAAACGCAAAAGGGCAGUAUUACUUAAAAACAAAUGAUAAAGUACCCUUCACUAAACUAGUGACUCUGUGA